AUGCUCCUCCGCGUGAACGCUCAUCAUCCGACUCGAAGAAGCGGUGGUUGUGGUGUUUCCCAUUUUGGGGCAUGCAUAUACGCGUGUUGCUGCCAAACUGACUGGCAAGCUCGAUGGUAUAUAAGGAAAUAUUCAUGGAAGCGCCUUGGACGAUCCGAGCCCCCUUCAACCAUGAAGCAAUCCGUUGGACUCUUAUCGCUUGUUUCCGCCAUCGCACCGGUCCUUGCUGGGACCUAUUCGCGCACUCAAAAUAUUGUCGGAACUGGCUUCUACAACGCGUUUGAGUUCGAAGCUAUUGGUGACCCUACACAAGGCAGAGUUAACUAUGUCGAUAGAGCCACGGCACAGGCUCAGAACCUAACAUUCGCCUCAGCCGACAAGUUCGUCCUUCGCACAGACGCCACAACAGUCAUCGGCGACGGCAGUCCGGUGGGGAGGAACUCUGUUCGUAUCAGAACAACAGCUACAUAUACCACCCAUGUUGCCGUCUUCGAUAUUCAGCACAUGCCUCAGGGCUGUGGCACGUGGCCCGCCGUUUGGGAAACUGACGAGGACAGCUGGCCUAGAGGGGGGGAAGUAGAUAUUCUUGAGGGUGUCAACGAUCAAGGCCCCAAUCAAAUAACGCUGCAUACAUCUCCAGGUUGCACGAUGCCCGCAUCUCGAGACCAAACUGGGACAAGUUUACAACUAGACUGCGACACGAAUGUGAACAACAACGUCGGCUGUGGAGUAAACGCUGUUGUCCCAACCAGCUAUGGCCCCACAUUCAAUGCUAAUGGGGGAGGUUGGUAUGCAGUCGAAAGAACGAACUCAUUCAUAAACGUUUGGUUCUGGUCGAGGUCUGCUGGAAAUGUCCCUGCUGAUGUCGCCCAAGGCGGCUCAAGCGUGGACACAUCUACCUGGGGAACACCAACUGCCAACUUCCCCUCCACAAGCUGUAAUAUUCCGGAAUUCUUCUCGCCCAAUAACAUCAUCAUCAAUCUUACCUUAUGCGGUGACUGGGCUGGCUCCGUUUACCCAGCUUCGGGAUGCCCAGGGACUUGCAACGAAUUCGUCGACAAGAAUCCCACCGCACUGGCGGCGGCGUAUUUCGAGUUCAACUCUAUUAACGUUUAUCAGUAA